AUGAGCGCAGACAAUAUGACCGCUAUCCUGAUGGGCGACAAGGUGCUCGCGCAGGCAAUGACGAGCGACCUGGAGAAGGUCGAGGGCAACUGGUACUUCAAGGAGUCGGCCUUGAUCGAUCGGGGACGGUACUCCGAGUCUGGAACUCACACUACAUGCGGCUGGAAAGGCGAGGCCAGCUAUUUCAACUACAAGGGCGAGGACGGCAAGGAGAUCAAGGAUAUCGCAUGGUUCUACCCUACCCCCAAGAAGGGCGCCGAGCACCUUUCCGGGAGGGUGGCUUUCUACGUCGGCAAGGCAGGGUUGAAGGUUGGCGUGCCUCCCGUCUAG